AUGAGAGGCACGAUAGCAAUCGAAGAAGCGAUCAUAGAUCAGGCUGGUGUUGAAGCCCAUAGCUUCGCCCAGUUCCAAAACUUGAUGAGGCCAGGUAGCGAUCAGACAACAGGGUUGUCAGCUCACGAAAAGAGGCUUCUCGAUAUCCAUGGAGAACGUCUGCAAAAGAUGGACGAGCAUGGCGUGGAAUACAUGCUACUCUCAUUGACAGCUCCCGGGGCCCAAGGCGAGCCAGAUGAAGCCAAGGCAAAGAAGCUGGCGUCAGUCGCAAAUGAUUAUCUUGCUGGUGAAGUCAAGAAGAACCCGCAACGCUUCGGUGCAUUGGCUGCACUGUCGAUGCACAAUGCCCAGGAUGCAGCAGACGAACUGCGGCGAGCAGUGAAAGAGCUAGGCAUGUUCGGCGGACUGGUCAAUGAUUUCCAAUCGAAGGGCGCAAAUGGGGAUGAGAAAGUUUACUUCGACACCCCUGAUUACGAUAUAUUCUGGAAGACUGUCGAAGAACUUGAUGUCCCGAUCUACUUUCACCCCCGAUAUGCCAUCCAGCAAGAUCUCCAAGCGGGAACAAAAUAUGGCGAUCGCAAGCAUUUGUUAGGUGCUGGUGUGCAAUUCCAUCUCGAUUUGAGUUGGCAUCUCUAUGCGGUCAUGUCUUCGGGGUUUCUUGACAAGUAUCCUAAGAUCCAGAUAGUAGCAGGACAUCUCGGUGAAGGUAUUCCGUUCAAUCUUUGGAGGGCCAGCCAUUGGAUCAAUCAUCCUUGGAAGAGAGGAUCAAGGCCGAUGAAGCAAGACUAUUCCUAUUAUUUCACCCACAAUGUGUCUAUCACGACAUCAGGGAAUUAUAACACUCGUGGACUGAAGUUCUGUAUUGAGGAAAUUGGAUUGGAUCGAUGUCUUUAUGCAAUUGAUACACCAUAUGAGACCGUGGAAGAAGGUCAGACUUGGUGGAAAGGUGUUGAUCUGCCUGAAGACCAGAAGGAGGCUGUAGGGAGAAUUAAUGCGAUCAGACUAUUCAAGUUACCUCUUGAGGUGUAA